UAAAACUAAAAGCCUAAAACAGAGCCACCCACUUCUGCUCUACAGACUACAAUCCCCAUUGUCAAGAACUUCACCGCCAUCCUCGUAGGCGGCGCCACGAACACCAAUCAUCUAGCCGACCACCAGUGAUGAGGACGUUUCAUUCACGGUUUUAACUUUCGUAAAUUACCAGGAAAUCCUUUCCUUUUUGUUGCUGACUAUUCUACUUCUUAGUAAUUUUUUUUGCUAUAAUUACUUUCUUUUAAUCUAAAAUAAACUCCAUAGGAUUAUAAAAUUCGGGAUCUUGCCAUCCAGCUGACACUGCUUUCGCGUGUUUGGUUGAUCCUUCUCUUCUCUGGUGCCCUUAAGGAUGAAGAUAAAAGAAGCUAAUGCUGGUGCACUUACCAACUUUGAAGUACUUGACUUUCUACGAUCUAGAGGGGCUUCAAAGGAUCCUACAAGAGUUAUUGUUCCAAUAGCACCAUCUGAAUUCAAGGUCUAUGAUUAUUUGGUGGAGAGUGCCACAUGCAAUCAAACAAAGGAACACAUCAAUGAAUUCUUGGAAAGAUGUAAAAAGUAUAAACUUGCAAAAGCUGAGGUGCUCAAUAUCAUCAAUCUGAGACCAUCUGCUUUAGUUGAAAUCGACCCGAUAAUAGAGCAGUCCGAGAAGCGAUUUGGAGAUCAACUAGAAGAGCUGGUUAAUUUGGUGGUAGAGGUGCUGCCGGAGCCUCCUACACAAAAAACUGCUGAAGAAGAUAGCAAUAAGGAUAAAGAAGAAACUACAGACGAGAAAAAUAUGGAUGGGAAUGAAACCGAAACUGCAAAUAAUGAACAGAUUGAUGAGCAUGAAACAGAACAAACUGAAGACGGUGAGCAAAUGGAGGUUAGUUAAUGCCCUCUAUGCGGAUAGUUCCAAUUGCAAUUGUGCUCUUGGAUAUUUUACAAAACUGGUUUGCUCAUCUUAUGAACUUGAGUUAAUGCAUUUGGAAGCCUCAUUUUUGUAAAAUUAACGAGUUUAUCUGAAGUAGAUUGCUAUAGCCAUGGUAUUAUCCCAUUUUUAAGGUAUUCCGAGUAUAAUACUUUAAAAAUCUCGAAGU